UCCAUUGUAAUAUAUUAUUAUCAUCUCUAUCUGUCUGUGUGACUUGGUGAUGUUCGCUGUUGUUUCAUAUUGAAAUAUCAUUAGGGUAAUAUUGUUAUUUGGUUCAAAUGCAGGGAAUUUAAUUAACGUAAAAACCAGUCAACAAUGACAACAGCAGGUCAGGUGAUCAACUGCAAGGCAGCUGUUGCGUGGGAGCCUGGGAAGCCCCUUAUAAUUGAGGACGUAGAGGUGGCCCCACCCAAGAUCCACGAAGUCCGCAUCAAGAUCAUCGCCACAGGGGUGUCCCACACAGACAAUGAAUACCUGUUUGAGACUGGAAAAGGAAUGAAGUUCAGACCAUUCCCAUUGGUCCUCGGCCAUGAAGCAGCUGGGAUAGUGGAGAGCGUUGGUCCAGAAGUCACCAAUUUCUUACCGGGCGACAAAGUUAUCCCCUUUUUUCUGCCACAGGCAAAUACACAAGCAGGUGUAUUGGCUGAUGGCACAAGCAGGAUAUCUUGCAAGGGGCAGCAGGUCUACCAGUUCCUCGGCAUCAGUUCUUUUUCCCAGUACACUGUGGUUCCUGAUACUUCACUUGCAAAGAUAAGACGUGAUGCACCGCUGGACAAAGUGUUUCUACUAGGCUGGAGUGUCUCCACUGGUUACGGUGCUGCCGUUAAAACAGGCAAGGUUAAGGAGGGUUCCUCAUGUGCCGUGUUGGGGCUUGGAGCUGUCGGACUGGCCGCCGUCAUGGGCUGCCAGAUUGCUGGGGCGACAAAGAUCAUUGGGGUUGACGUCAACCCUGAGAAGUUUGAGAAAGCCAGUUCUUUUGGAGCCACUGACUGUGUCAACCCCAAUGCUUAUACCAAGCCCAUCCAGGAGGUCCUGGUGGAGAUGACAGGCGGGGGGGUGGACUACGCUCUGGAGUGUGUUGGAGAUCCAGCUGUCAUGAGUGCUGCGUUAGAGUCUACAACACAUGGCUCGGGCAUCUGUGUCAUUGCUGGGUGGACGGAGACAGAAGUAAUGCAGGUUGAAGUCGAAAAGAUCCUGAUGGGACGCACCUUGAUGGGGACUUAUUUUGGAGGUUGGAACGGUGUGCAGGAUAUCCCUACACUGGUGGACAACUACAUGGACAGCAAGCUGAAGCUGGAUGAGUUUAUCACCAACCACCUCCCGCUGAAUACAAUCAAUGAUGCCUUUGAAACUUUGAAAAGUGGGACCAGCAUCCGUACACAGAUCAGUCUGUGGGAGGAGGAGGCUUAACCUGAAGUGUCUGCCUUGUAAGAGGAUGGAUUGACAUUCAGUGUCAUUAUAAUGAUAUUUUGCAUACAGAUCUGCAGUAUAUUUUCUCAAAGUGCUCAAAUUCAAAUGUUUCACUUGCUUGACUUUGUAGCAAAUUGCCUCAUUGGCCACUAGAUGGCAGUCUUAUGUCAUGUAAAAGCUUCUCCUGUUUGUGUCCUUGAAUACCUUCUAACUUUAUAAAGACAUUUUCUAUCUGCAAAA